AUGGAGAAGCUGUACUUUGCGGGGAGCAGCGUAUGGACGAUCAACAGCUCUCUGGGGAACGGCAGCCUCCGCCUGGAGAACCAGACCUCCGGGAGGAACAGCACCACGGACCCCCUGAAGAGGAACGAGGACAUGGCCAAGGUGGAGGUGAUGGUCCUCUGCCUCAUCCUGUUCCUCGCCCUGACCGGCAACCUGUGCGUGCUGCUGGCCAUCCACACCACCCGGCAGAAGCACUCCCGCAUGUACUUCUUCAUGAAGCACUUGAGCAUUGCUGACCUGGUCGUGGCCAUCUUCCAGGUGCUGCCCCAGCUCAUCUGGGACAUCACCUUCAGGUUUUACGGGCCAGAUUUCCUGUGCCGGUUGAUCAAGUAUUUGCAGGUAGUGGGGAUGUUUGCUUCCACCUACAUGCUCUUGCUGAUGUCCCUGGACCGGUGCUUGGCCAUCUGUCAGCCACUGAGGUCUCUGCACAGGAGAGCGGACCGGGUCUCUGUCCUCCUCACCUGGCUGCUGUGCCUGCUGGUCAGCAUCCCUCAGAUCCACAUAUUUUCUCUGAGGGAUGUGGGGAACGGGGUUUACGACUGUUGGGCAGAUUUCAUCCAGCCCUGGGGACCUAAAGCCUAUGUCACCUGGAUAACCCUCAUGGUCUACAUCAUCCCUGUGUUGAUGCUGAGCAUCUGCUAUGGCUUAAUCAGCUUCAAAAUCUGGCAGAACGUGAAGCUUAAGACGGCUCAUGGGCCCAACAUGGGUCGGAGCUCCAGCUCCCGCAGCGGGAUGGCGUUUGCCAGGGUCAGCAGCACCAGGCUCAUCUCCAAAGCCAAGAUCCGGACAGUCAAAAUGACCUUCAUCAUAGUGUUAGCUUUCAUAGUGUGCUGGACUCCCUUUUUCUUUGUGCAGAUGUGGUCUGUGUGGGACACGAAUGCUCCGCAGGAAGCCUCCCCCUUCAUCAUCGCCAUGCUCCUGGCCAGCCUUAACAGCUGCUGCAACCCCUGGAUCUACAUGCUGUACACGGGCCAUCUCUUCCGUGACCUGAUGCGGCGCUUCCUCUGCUGCUCCACGCGCUACCUGAAGUCGCGGCCGGCGUGCGACCUGAGCGUCAGCAAGAAGAGCAACUCCUCCUCCUUCGUCCUCAGCUGCAAGAGCAUAAGCCAGAGGAGCUUCACGCGGCCGUCCACGACGUGA